CGGUCACCCAGACCACCAGCAAAAUUCGUUGCAAAAUGGCCGACAGCAGCACUAGCAAGAUGGACGUUGCCGACAUCGCGGUUGAAAUGGGUGUAGAUCGGUUCAUAGAAGAUGAGGUAGAAUCAGACGGAGUUGGGAUGAAACAAAAUGAAGAAUGCGAAGGCACAGGAAAUUAUGAAUUUGAUCAGACUUUUGUUUACAUAGAACACAUUGGUGAAACAAGUGGGAGUAGUCAUGUCAGUGAAAAUGACGUAACGAUAGGCCUGACUGGUCAGGAAGAUGUUGCUCCAUCAUCAUGCCCAUCUCUUGAUCAAUACUCAGUGAAUACCACAUCAUCCCUUCCGAGUCGUGAUGCUCUGCAACAACGUGAUCGUGACAACAAUCGGGGUGAUGGAUUCAUACAUCACACAAUAUCAGCCGAUCAAAUUCAGACACAGAUCAGUCAUGUUGGGCCAGGAUAUCCUUUUGAUGUGCCUGAUGACAUAGCAGGGGCAACCCUGACUAUGGAAAGAACCAAUCCUAAAACUCAGAAAAAGGAAAUACAGAGAUAUAACUGUGAAUUUGAACGUUGUAAUCGCACGUAUAGUACGCCAGGAAACUUGAAAACCCAUUUGAAAACUCACACAGGGGACUUCAGUUUCGUUUGCAAAGAAAAGGGAUGCGGUAAAGCUUUCUUGACAAGUUACAGCUUAAAGAUUCACGUCCGUGUGCACACAAAGGAGCGUCCAUAUUCCUGUGUCUCAGAGGGUUGUCAAAAGUCCUUUAACACGUUAUACAGAUUGAAAGCUCAUCAAAGACUCCACUCAGGAUCCACCUUUAAUUGUGAUUCAGAGGGUUGCACCAAGUUCUUCACGACAUUGAGUGAUCUCCGCAAACAUAUCAGGACACACACUGGUGAAAAACCAUUCAAGUGUGAGAGUUGUGGAAAGGCUUUUGCUGCAAGUCAUCACCUCAAGACGCAUGUCCGAACACACACAGGAGAGAAGCCCUAUUCAUGUCAGGAGGAUGGUUGUGAUCGUUCCUUCAAUACUCAAUACAGCCUGAAGAGUCAUAAGAAGGGACACGAUAAACACUCAUCAUCAACCUCUGUGCCAAUGUCAGACUCAUCAAAUCUGGACAAACCACAGAGAGAUGAUGCUAUGAGGCAAGGCAUUGCAGCAAAUUCAGCUUCCAGUAGUUUGGUCAAUACAGGCUGCACUUGCACUUGUGGAUCUAGAAAUUCAAACGUGUCCGCAACAAAGACGACAGAGCAGAUGCCCAUAACUGAUAUGGUAGCGACCCCUCCUGUCCAGCCGCUGAACACUGACAAGGUUGACAUUGUGAAUACUAGUGAGCUUCCAGUAUCUGCACAGUCUGUCAACCAAUCAACAGUUACAGAGCCCAAAGCACAACACGCUGGACAAUCUGUGAUCAUUCACAGCAUUCCAUCUGGCCCAGCUGGUCAAAACCUGAUCAUUACAAUCAAUCAAGAUUCCUCGGCACCUACACAGGUGGUCAUUACACCGCAACACCAGGUACCUCAACAGAUUUGUAAUGCUACACAGGUUAUGAGCAUCAAUCAAGCCAGCACCAGUCAUAGGUCGUCAGGCCAGCAAACUGCUGAAACAUGCGUACACCGUGCAGAAGCAGCCAAGUCACAUGUUGAUUGCAGCACGAAAUCUUGUACAUUAGAAGGCACAGGUAAAGCCACAGCAUGUAUCCCUGCAGUAGCGCCAGUAGGUUUAACCAUCACUCAACCAUGUCCACCUGCUGUAACAGCUAAUUCAUCAACCAUAGUUCCUGUACCAGUUUUACUUACUAUCGGUACACCUGAUCACGCUGUCAUGCAUUCCCACUCUGGUGUUUCACAACAGACUCGGAUCCAAGUCAUAACAGAUGAAAGUAAGUUACCCAAAUCAGUACCAAGUUGCCAGUCAGAAUGUAGGAGCUGCCUGCCUCCUGCAACUGCUGAUCGAGUGGUUGCUAGGCAACAUACAGGUGGAUGCGGCGUCACUACUACAAGGCAACCUGUAGGACAGUCAACCAUACAGACAGCGGUUGGUUCAACAAAUCCAGUCAGUCAACCAAUGCUGACAAUUUCAGACACCUUCUCUCUGAAUCCAACAGCUUCUACUCCAGCACCGUUAAAUGAACAGACAACCGCAUGGAGCACUAAUUCCUAUCCACAUGCUUCCUCUAAUUCUUCAGCUGUGUCAUCCACAAAGUCAUAUACAUGUGAGAAUCAACAAGCAAGACGGACAGAAGAUAUGAUUAAAUCUUGGUUAAAUGAUAAGAAUACCAGUAUGUCACAGGCCAAUGCUGAUGUUGAAUCCAAUGCUAACAGCUCCAAUGAAGUAGAGCGUCGGCCUUGUCUUCUGUGUAACUGCACAUGUCCAUGUGAAUGUAAAGAACAACUAACCAAAGGGGAUUUCCAAGAUGGCAUGUCGGUCAUUUCAUCAUUUAGUCUGAGUAAUUUCCCAGAUUUUUAAUUCAUGUGUUCAAGGAUGAACACGUGAACAAUCUGCAAUUGCUCAUUUCUCCUCUACUCAAUUGUAUACAACUUAUUCAUACACAAGUUUGAGUGAUGACAUUGUGAGUUGCUGAUUUGUCACACUUUCACAGGACUAACAUACAUGUAUGAUCUGCUGCUAGUGCUACCAAGAUUUGAAACCAGCUGAACAUAGGUGGAGUUCUGGAGGUGAAGUAGUUCACAUGUCUACUGAGUAGUUUAUGACGUCUUCUGAAAGACUAUCAGAUAAUUAGGAUGUUUAAAGCUAUAGUCCAUCAUUGGUAAUUAGUGCAUUUUGUUCGUUUGAAGCAACAAAAGUGUUCAAAAUCUCAUGAAGGAUACUGAACAACUUACUUGAUGAAGUUUUCAGCUCAGCUUCAGCUUCAUAUUACGAGAAAACCAGCAUUCGAGGAUCUCAAUUUAAAAUCAAAAGUUGCUAAAUCAUGUUUCGAAUUGUUUUGAAUUGCAGCUAUACGCGAUUUUGCGCACUGAUCCGACAA